AUGGAUGACAAACAUGGGCAUGUGUAUUUUGACAAAAACGAGGAGGAACUAUAUUUUGGUAGAGAUCUUUUUGGUAGAAAGAGUUUGCUACUUGGUAAAAAGGGUGAUUUGAUUGUUUUGAGCAGCGUCAGUCGAAAAAUCCAUGACUGCACGUUCAUCGAACUGCCAAGCAUCGGAAUCUUUUGCUGGAACUUGAGAACUGAUUUACUGUCGAUCGGCGCAUUCCAGUACGACAGCCCCAACUUUCAGAGCAAAUUGGAGGAACUAGAAACGUUUUUAGAUAAAAAAAUAGUGGUCAAGAACAGGGAAAAUAUCACCAAAAUACUAGAGUUUCAAGAACCCACUUCUCAGUGUAUUUCUCUUUACAAGACACUGGAGGACGUAAAAACAGGGAAUAAUUUUUCUGUGCUUCUCAAGAAUAAAGACUGGUUGAAUAAAGUCACUCAACUGAAGACUUUACUGGAAAAAUCAAUACAAACAAGAAUUUCCAACCUUCCCAAUUAUUGCAAAGAUUGCAUCAAGGAUAAACUCAUCUGCCAACACCCGCUGGUAGGAGUUUUAUUCUCAGGAGGUGUAGACUGCUCCAUUUUAGCCCUUCUUGCAGACCAAUUCAUUGACAAAUCCCGCCCGAUAGACCUGUUCAACGUAGCCUUUGACGAAACCAAAAACUACCAAACGCCUGACAGACAAACUGGUCUACAAACGCUCGAAGAGCUUAGGAGGUUGUGCCCUCUCAGGGAAUGGAGAUUUUUCGAAAUAAACAUACCUCGAAAGGAACUGGAUGAAGCAAGGCAGUUUCAUAUAGCAGAUUUGAUACAUCCGCUGAAGAGCGUUCUUGAUGACAGUCUUGGGUGCGCCUUGUGGUUUGCUGGUAGAGGAAUGACGGGUGGCGAAAAGUCUCCCUGCAGGGUUUUGUUAGUAGGCAUGGGAGCAGACGAGCUCUUCGGAGGUUACACGAAACACCGAGCGGCGUUCAAGAAGCAGUUGUGGCUAGGUCUACACGAGAUCCUGAAAGAAGACUGGCAGAGUCUGCCCUACAGAAAUCUAGCGAGAGAUGACAGAGUAGUGUCGGAUCAUGGACGACAACUGAGGAUGCCUUAUUUGGAUGAGAGCUUGGUGGAAUUCGUUCUGAGUCUUCAGUGCUGGGAGAGGUCUUACCCUUCCGAUAAGGUUGCUCAAGGCUUUGGAGAGAAAAUACUACUCAGAAGUUUAGCUCAUCACAUUGGUUUAACAGAAGCGGCUCUACUGAGGAAGAGAGCUCUGCAGUUCGGAUCGAGAAUAGCAAACAAAAAGGAAAAUGCUCAUGAAACAUCAAUAAAAUUAUGUUGAGAAAA